AACAAAAAACAAUAACUAAAAAACAACACACAGACAGACACACACAACUACACAUCUGAAAUAAACGCUCAAAAAACGUUGCCAAACACAAACAAAAUUUUAAUUAAAAAUUAUCCCAUAAAAAAAACAGUUGAAAGUUGAGUUUUAUCUCUCACGCACUCACUCUUGAGAAAAUUCGUUGCAUAUAAAAAAGAAAACACCAACAACAAAAACGCCAUGUUUAAUUUCCAUAAGCCACGCGUUUACCGCUCAGCGGACGGCUGCUGCAUUUGCCGCGCCAAGUCGAGCAGCUCGCGUUUUACAGCCUCGCGCAAAUACGAAAAGGAGUCGACGCUGUGCUUCAAUUUACAGGAGCCGCGCAACGGUGAAAUAUGCAAUGCGUGCGUCCUGCUCGUCAAACGCUACAAGCGACUGCCAGUUGGCAGCAAACGUCACUGGGGACAUGUGGUCGAUGCACGCGCUGGACCCGGCACCAAAUCGCUGGCCAAACAGAAAAAGCGCGACAGCGAAAUUGAGGCCAAAUCGGGUGGUGGCGGUGGCAGCGGCAGCGGCUCCUUUAUACCCGAGAAAUUUGCAAAAAUAUUCAAAAAGAAUCGCAAGGGAAAAAUAACGGCAGUUGCUGCGCCACCUACAGUCGACAGUGAGCAACAGCAGCAGCGCAGUAGCAGCAGCCACGAAAGCUCACCUCAUCUAAGUGAUUCCAACGAAAGCUACGACGACGAGCAGCAACAACAACAGCAGCAGCAGCAGACGGGCGUUUGCGCUGUUGUGACGCCAUAUCAGACGCGUAAGAGGACUGCUGCAGCUGCGCAGCUGGCAUCAGCGUGCAAGAACAAGAAUGGCAGUAGUAGUAGUAGUAGUGUUGCACAACGACGCUUGAAAUUGACGGGCAGCAAGCGACGGCGCAUGCUUGAACCACAAAAGCAUCGACGCUCCAUCGACAAUGUACCGUUCUUUGAGGAGCACGAUCUGCUGCGACUGCAAGUCUGCUGCGGCAUCGUGUUCCAAAGCCUCAGCCUGGGCAGCGCCUGUUACAUUAUCGAUCCCGAACUCUACAAGCCAUGCGAUAAGCAUCGCAGACGCAGACUGCCCCAACAACAACAACAGCAGCAACAAGUGGAAAUUGAGCCAAAGCUCAGUCAGACGAGCAUUUGCACGACGCCGGCCCUGAAGAAGCAUCAUUUGUAUUUUAAGCGACAAUCCGAGUCAUUUCCACGUGGCGAAAUACAUAGAAUAAGUCCAAUUCCAUUGAAUAAGACUGAGGCCAUGCCCAACUCAAUGCCAACAGCAUCAACAAUCACUGUACAACAACAGCAACAGCAGCAGCCGCAACAACAACGACAUUCCACUGUUAACAGCAGCUUAUCUGUUGUACUCAAGCCAACAACAACAGCAGCAGCAACAGCUGUUGUUGUGACAUCAUCAAGCUUGCAUCCGAGCAUUUUAACAACAGCUGUGGGUGCUGCCUCGCCCUCAUCGCUCUCUUCAUCCUCCAAUUGCUCCACUUCCUCCUCUGUGGCCACCAAAUUCAACGACAACUCCUCCGAUUCGGGCUUUGAUGAGCAUGUGCUGGAGCGCAAAUCCGUUAGUCCGCCAACGCAGGAUGAACUGCCGCUGGAGAAAAAGCAGCCGCGUGCCACAGUCGGCGUGCAACGUUUAAUACUGGCCAGCGGUCUGCCCAUAAGCGGACAGGCGCAGAAUUUGGUGUUGACGGGCAAUGAGUUCACCGCGCGAUUUGUGCAUCGACAGCCGCCAGCAACAACGGCGCUGAAAAUCAAUGUGACAGCAGCAACAGUUGUCGGCUCAACAGCAACAGCAGCAACAACAACAACAGGAUCUCAAAGUAAUAGUGGAAAUAAGAUGCGUGCAAUAUUCAAUAAUGCGAACACAAUCCAACAUGAGAAUGGAGUGACGACCAUUUUGCCGGCCUCAUCGCUGGCGGCAAGCAAUCAGACAGCGGCAAUGAAUGCAAUUGCUCCCAGCACUGUGACAAUAACGCCAGCCAAAAAGUCAGCAGCGACAGCUGCAGCAGCAGCAACAGCAGCAGCCAAUGCAACUGCAACACUUGUAAGCAAUCCCAAGUUUAUAGUCCUAAAGCCGGCAAUUGCCAAAUUUGGCAGCAACAAUAAUAAUAAUAAUAAUAAUAACAACAACAACAACAACAACAAUAAUAAUAAUAAUAACAACAACAAUCAAGCACAAGCAGAAGUAAAAAUUGCCUAAAAUGGUAAAAAUAAAUAAAAAGUAAUUAAAAGAUGGCCAUUAUGUUGAUAAGCAUAUUAAUACAACAUACAAUACAUCAACCGAUAAAUAUAUACAAACAAACACAUACGUAACAUUAUGUUAGCCAUGUUUAAUGGCUGUUAAUAUCUUGUUGAUUUACAUACAUAUUGUAGCGAUUAGCAUAAAAUACUAUAAGUGAUGAGAAAGUAAAAACACACACACAAUAAUUGUGUUAAUUUUGUGUCUUGUAUAUAUGGAAUGUAUAGAUUUUAAGUACUACACAACAUCAACAACAAAAACAAGAACUCGAUUCAUAAAUUCUUAAAUAUUUUUUUUCUUCCUAUAUACAUGCAUUAGCUAUUAAAUCAUUCUAUUCUUUUUUUUAAUUUUGUUCACAUGCAUUUUUUGUACAAUUAAUUUGUAAGGCAAUACUCAGCAGCAGCAGCAAUUUAAACACUUAAAAUAUUUAAUUACGAUUACAAUUUACAUUUACUCAACAUAUAUAUUUGUAGUUUAUGUAUAUAUACACACACACACACACACUCAAACACAUGCAAAAACAAAUACAUUUUUUUAAAUGGUUAUUUUACAUUUUACCAAUUUGCUCUCGUACAUUACAAUUACAAUUAUAAGUUAACAAUUUACAUCGCUCGCUUAGUGAAAACUGCUUGUUCGGUUUUACUGUUUUACACAUGUGUCCGUCGUAGGUGGUAGCCACUGUAGUGUAGUCCAAGUGCAUUAGGCACAACACCCAACACCGAUAAGCAAUAAAACACAUGCCACGCAUGCCACACACAUGCAUCAAAUUGUAGCCUUAGGAUUGCGCCUAAUUAAAAAAAACAAACAAGAAAACAAACAUUUAAUUUGUAAACAAUGCCAUUUGCAAUGGUGUGUUAGCACGUACUAUGACAAAAAAAGAAAACAAAAAAAAGUAAAGCGUGUGUUUUUUUAAAAUAGAAUUAAAUAAAACGAAAAUCGAAA